ACACUAAAGAAAACAGCCAUUCACUUCACAUACCUUGUCAUUUCUUCCUUCUCUCUCUCUCUCUCUCUUUCUCUUUGCCCUCUUCCCUCAAUCUCAAAUCUCUGCUCUGCAACUACUCCAAAUUGAUUGAAUGCUCCAAACUCCAUCCACACACACACCUUCAAAAAUCUUAUUGAUUAAUUACCCUUACCUAGCAACCUCGUAGCUCCCCCCUCCCCUCCACAAAAACUCACCACACGCUCUCUUCAAUCCUUGAAAUUUUUCAUACUAUAUAUACACACACACACACACACACAAUUGCACAAGAAAAGGAAACUUAAACUGAACAAGAGGGGAAAGGAAAUCUACACGACUAAGUACUGUACAAGAGAGAAGAAGAAGAAGAAGGCAAAGCAGCAGAAAGAGAUAAAGGCUUGUUUGUAUGGAGCUAUUCCCAGCACAACCAGACUUGUCCUUACAAAUCAGCCCUCCAAACGCCAAUCCCACAUCAAGUUGGAGGAGAAGCACAGAAGAAGACAUGGAUUUGGGGUUUUGGAAGAGAGCCUUGGACUCAAGAAACUCCAUUCAAUCAACAAUGGCCAAACAAGACUCUUGCUUCGACCUCUCCCUCUCCAAUCCAAAAGCCUCAGAUAACAACAACUCCAACCUCAUUCAUCACCACCACUUCCAAACAAGUAAUGCCACCACCAUCAUCAACCCUUUCCAACUACCCUUUCAGCAAAACCACUUCUUCCACCAGCAGCAGCAGCCACUGUUCCAACCUCAGCACCAAAGCCUAAGCCAAGACCUUGGCUUUCUAAGACCCAUUAGAGGAAUCCCAGUGUACCAAAACCCUCCUCCUAUACCAUUCACCCAGCACCAUCAUCUCCCUCUUGAAGCUUCCACCACCACCCCUUCGAUUAUUUCCAACACCAACACUGGCUCCACCCCUUUCCACUCUCAGGCCCUUAUGAGAUCAAGAUUCUUGUCACGCUUCCCUGCUAAGCGUAGCAUGAGGGCUCCGAGGAUGCGUUGGACUUCUACCCUCCAUGCUCGCUUUGUUCAUGCUGUUGAACUCUUGGGUGGCCACGAAAGGGCUACACCCAAAUCAGUUCUUGAACUAAUGGAUGUCAAGGAUCUCACUUUAGCUCAUGUUAAGUCUCAUUUACAGAUGUACCGGACGGUGAAAACUACAGAUAGGGCGGCGGCUUCAUCAGGGCAAUCAGAUGUGUAUGAUAAUGGUUCAUCUGGUGAUACUUCUGAUGACUUAAUGUUUGACAUAAAAUCUUCAAGAAGGUCUGAUCUAUCAGUUAAGCAAGGAAGAUCAAGUGUUAAUCAAGAUAAGAAAUAUCAUGGUCUUUGGGGUAACUCUUCAAGGGAAGCUUGGUUGCAUGGGAAGACAAAGGCUGAUUCUGUUGGAAACGUGCCUUCUUAUCUUGAGAAGGAAAUGGAUCCAAAGUGCCUAAGCUAUGAGAGAAUAUCAGAUGGAAGUUCAUCCUCAAAUCUUUCAGGAUCAAGCCCAAAGAAGCCUAAUUUGGAUUUGGAAUUCAGCUUGGGCCAGCCACUUUAAUUUGAGAUCUCGAUCCCCCUCUGAAUAUAUAUUAUUCAUUAGCUACUAUGAAGCUGAAAGAGGGUAGAGCGCUGGAAUGAGAAUCCGGAACCCGCUGAGAAAAUCAGAGAAAGAGAAAGCUAAAAAGAAAACAAAAGAGAAAAAAGAAAAGUAAAAGGAGCUAAAGAACACAAGGAGACAAGAAAGACAGAAUGCAACAAAAAGGAAGGGGCGAGGGAAAAAAGCAUGGCCUUCCUAUCAGAGCUCUUGUGAUGAGAUCCAAAUCAACAUAUUAUAUUUUCUUGGUAAAUAUAUGAAAUCUAAUUGAUUUGUAUGUUUUUGCAAUCUGAGAGAAAGAGAGAGUUAUGUUAAAAGUAUGAAGUGAUCCUUGGUAAUUGUAAUGGAGCACUUUACACUUAUGAAAUAUUUAGAUAUUUCCACCAAAGAAGUUGGGUUCCUAAUCCUA